UUUCAAGGAAAGAGGGUACUAAGAUAAGGGUUUAUUUCUUCUAAAAUCUCAAAUUGAAUUGACAGUUGGACCCAAAAUGGUAAAUUGGCUAGUCAAGACAAAAACAGAAUGACAAGAUAUCUCUUACCAAUAAAAUAAUCAAUCAAAAAAUAUAGUAAUAGUAGUGAAAAAACCAAGGGGUCCGCAUGUAUACAAACCCUUCUCUUUCUAGUCUUUACUUAGACCCAACACCAACUUUACAAAAAGCCAGUUUCCUGGAAGAACCCCAUUUCUCAAAUUGCUAAGCGCCUACCAUGUUCAUGCACCUUUCCUUCUCCAUAUAUAAACCACUCCCCCACCCUUUCACUUCGCCUUGUUCUUAGCUUUAUACACUCUUCAAUCAAAUUAGAUCUCUCCUGAGUGUAAUUAAAGAUGGAAGCAAUGAAUGGGUGUUCAUCUUCUACGUCAUCAUCCGAUGCAUCUUCUUCAGAGACAUCUUUCUCUGCGAGGGGGGCUUCCAACAAAGUUGAGAAGAUCAAAGGUCCUUGGAGUGCGGAAGAAGAUAGGAUUUUGACUCGACUUGUUGAAAGAUAUGGACCUAGAAAUUGGUCUUUGAUAAGCCGUUAUAUAAAGGGUCGAUCAGGGAAAUCUUGCAGGCUUAGAUGGUGUAACCAGCUCAGCCCCAAUGUUGAGCACCGUCCAUUUUCUCAAGCUGAGGAUGAGACUAUCUUGGCUGCUCAUGCUAGGUAUGGUAACAGGUGGGCCACCAUUGCUAGAUUGCUUCCGGGAAGGACUGAUAAUUCUGUGAAGAAUCAUUGGAACUCGACGUUGAAGAGGAGGGCAAGAGAAGGGCAACAUCAUCAUCAUCAACAACAACAACAACAGCUGCUGCUACAUCAACAGGAACAGAUCAUACAGAGUCAUCAUCAGCAAAUGGGUGGUGGUGAUAGUGCAUUGGGAUCUGUGGGGAUGAUGAUGGAUGAGGAAGCCUUGACGGCGUUGACUCUAGCACCGCCUGGUAGUGGAAGUGCGGUGGUGGCGGAGAGGAGCAGGAGCAGAGAGGAGAGAGUGCCGGCGGAGUUCUGGGAUGUGAUGAGAGAUGUGAUAGCCAGAGAAGUUAGAGAAUAUAUGAGCUCAACGUUAUUGGCUGAGACAUCAGGGUUUCAUUAGGACAAAAAUAUAUAUA